ACUGAUGACAGUUUGCCACAGACAGCCGUUGCAAAAAACAAGAAUUUCAAACUGCAACGGCGAGUAACAACAUUUUGCUAGGACUACUGUUUUGAAAUUGUUUGUAAUUUUAUUAUCGUUAAGUUCAUGGAGUAAGUUUGUACGACUGGUGUGUUAAAGUUAAACCGUUAAAAUGUUGCAAAAAUGGAAAUCUAUUCUCAUAAAUUGGAUAAACUGUUACUUUAACGAUAGUAGAAGUGAUAAAAAUUUGAAUUUGGAAUCUCUUUUGAAUAUAAUAUCACAUUUACGGGAGAAUUUGAAUUUAGACGAGUCGAAAUCGUCUAAAAUAUCUGCACAUAAUGUCGAAGAAUUUAUAAUAGAGAAGUAUCCAGAAUUCAAAUUUGAAAAUGGAACAGUAGAAGCGACUAAUGAAGAGCAGGUGUGCUUGGUCGCGUCUUUGUUGCUGUAUUUCGUUUGCGUGAAUUCUAAGGACAUUGAUAUAAAGAGCGCCAUGUGCAGUAAACUGAGCGACGCGGACCAAGAAAUAAUACUGAAAUUCAGUAAAAGUUUGAUGGACUGUUCACCUAUCUUGUGUAGAGAUGUACAGGCAGCUAUUGCAGAUGCUUGUGGUCAUGAUGUUGCCAUACCAUCCAGCAUGCAUGCGAAGGUUACGGAAACCCCUCCAGCACUUCGGUCAUUACACAGUGAAGUGAGGAGACUUCAGGCAGCUCUGGAUGCUGAGCGUUUUGACCGCAACUACCUGCAGGAUGAGUUAAACAGGACUAAUUUGAGAGUAGAGAAGCUAUUAAAAGAAAAAGAAGAGUACAAAAUGGACAUAGUGGAUUUAAAGACAAAGAUUUCACUGUGCUGUGGACAAGAGGAUGAAGCUAAGGGUUUAGAGUCAAGUUCAGAUAAAUCUGCAAAACUUGCACGGCAACUGCAGGAGAUGGAAGAGAGGCUAGUGCAGACCCAAGGAGAGUUGGAUGAUGCUGUAUAUCAAAGAGAUACGUACAAGGCUAAGGUGGAGGAACUCAAACAAGACAGAGAUAAAUGGCUCACGUUGAGCCAACAAGAGACGUUGCGCGCGAGUCAACUCUCCGACGAGUUAGAGACAGAGAGGCGCAACACGCACUCGCUCAGAGAACUAGUGAACGAAUUGCGCCAGCACAAUCGACUCAACAGGAUAGACUCUAGCUUCCUGGAGUGUGAUGACCCUGACACAAGCAUACAAUCCUUACCACAUAACUCUUCUGUAUGUAGUGAAGUAUGUGCCAAUGUGGUGGAAGUUCAAUUAGGAGAGGAGAGAGCUAAGAUUGUUGUUUUACACCAACAGAUUGAAGCAUUCCAAGUCCAAAUAAAUGAGCUCACUCGGAAAUCUGAAGAAGAAAAGUUGACCCUGGAAACUAUAAUCACUGAAAGAGAAACUGACAUUUUUAAUCUAAAACAUCGCAUUAAUGAAGAAAUUGAGGAGAAAAACAAUUUGAAAGUUCACUUUAGUGACGAAAUGAGCAAAUUGAAUAAUGAAAUCAAUGAAUUGGAACAAAAACUGAAAGAUAACAAUGAUCACUCAAGAACAAUGAUUGAACAAAAACUGCAGGAAAUUCAGACAUUACAAGAAGAAAAAUUAUCUCUUUUACAAAGUUUAUCUGAUGAGACAACUAAACUCGAAAACAUUAUAAAGGAUUUAAAAACGAAUAUUGAGACAGAAAGGCAGUCAAAAAUGAACAUGAAGGAAUCUUAUGACAGUCAUAUUAUGAAACUUAAUGAGAAAAUGUUGAACAGAAACAAUGAAUUGGUUGAAUUACAGAACAAUGUAUUCGAAAAGAGUGAGACAAUAGAAUCUUUACAUUUAGAUCUGAGAAAAGAGAAAGAAAUAAGGGAAGCCAUUACUGAUAAGUAUCACAAUGACUUAUUACACUUGACUGAACAGAAAAACACAAUUGAACAUUGUUUACAAGAACGAAUGCGUGAAAAUACAGAACUUGCCAAUAUAUUAGAACAAAAAACAAACAUGAUAGAAGGUUUGUACAGAGAGGUUGAUAAUCUUAAACGAUCUCUGUCCAAUUGUAAUGACAAGUGUAAACUUUUGGAAGAAGAUAAAUCUAAACUAAUAAACGAAGUACAGAGUCGUGACAUGAGAUUAGAAGAAAUAUAUAAAGACAUUGAAAAUCUAAAGAAUGUGUUUAGUGAGGAAAGAGACAAACUUUGCUUUGACUUGGACGAAAGAAAUGCUACGGUUAAUGCAUUAAAAAUGCAAUUACAAAAUGAAAUUCACUAUAAAAUUGGUUUAGAAAACGAACUGAAGGAAUUGCAAAAGGUUAAAGCAGAGCUUUUGGAGAAGUUAAAUAAAACAAGUGUAGAAAUAACAGAAUUGCAUUCAAAAAUAGAAGAAAAAGACGAAAACAUUAAACAUAUGGAUUCAAUGUUGCAGAAAGAGAUCAAUAACAACAAGCAAUUGAAGUCAACAAAUGAAAAAUUAAACACACAAUUGAAGAAGUUAAUUGAUGAUUUGAAACUGAAAAAUAAUGAAAUAAAAUUAUUGAAUGGACAAGAGAAGGAACUCAAUAAAUCUUUUGAUAGUGAGAUGAAAAGUAAAAAUAAUAUUAUUGAAAAAUUUAAAACCGAAUUGGCUUCAUCGAUUGACGAAAAAGGGACUUUGCAAGUCGAAUUAAAUAGUUUAAGAAACCAAAAUGUUGAAUUGGAAAAAGCUGUAGCAGAAAAGACUGAUACGAUUAUACAAAUACAAAAACAAAAUACCGAACUUUCAAGAACUUUAGAAGAAGAUAAAAAAGCCAUUGAAACACUGCAUGAAAAAUUACAAACACUACACCAAAAGUACACUCAACUUGAGCACACAUUUGACAAAGAAACUUCAAAAAUGAUUUCAAAACUUAAUGAUACAGAAAAAACUAUCAAGGAAUUGAGCACAAGCUCGAAGAAAACACUUAACAAGAAAGAAUUCCAAAUACAGACUCUAAAUAUGGAGUUGGAUAAUGUACGUAAAGUCUUGGAAACCAAUCAAACCCAUGUCAAUACUAUACAAAAUGAAAAGCAUGCUUUAAUAGAAAAGUUAGAGGAACAAAUAGUCUAUAGAAAUAAAAUUGAGGAAGAGUAUCAAACGCAAUGUGCAAUGUUAGUCGAAAAAACAGCUAAGUUUAACGAAGAAUUACAUGUAAAAAAUGCAGAAAUAGACAGUUUGAAAGCAGAACUCCAAGCUGCAUUGCAGACUGUGGAAGACAAGUGUUCUGUUAUAAAGAAACUAGAAGACAAAAUCACCGUAGACAGUGAACUUAUUUACGAAAAGGGAAAUAAGGUUAAGGAAAUUCAAGCAAAAUUAACUGACAUGGAAUCACUAAAUGAUGAAUUAGAACAGGAGCUCAAAAAGGAAAUAAAUAGCAAACAACAAAUGAUACAGGCAUUGCAGAAAGAAAAUGAGCAGCUGCAUUUUACUAUUGAAGAAGACAACAGCAAUCAUGAGUUGUUAAUAAAAGAGAAAGAUCGUAUUAUAGAUACUUUGGAACAACAACUGAAAGUUAGUACAGUGCAGUUAGAGGCGUUGAAAAAGGAUUACGAAGAUAUGACACUGAAUUGGGAGAAACUUAAAAUUGAAUCUCAUACAAACAUAGAAGCAAAGGUUGCAAAAUUGAAUCAAUUGAGGCAUCAAGUUGUAAACUUAGAACAAAAACUAGAAAAAGCCGAGAAAUCGGACAAUGCGAGAAGUGAACAAAUUCAAGAAUUGGUACAACACAUUGAGGAAAUGGACGCAAAAGCACAAGAAGAAAAAGCUGUCAAAGAUUCAUUGGAAACGGAAAACAAGAAUGUAGUGGCUGAAGUCACAAAACUUCUAAAUGCAAACAAAGAAAUGGUGAAUACGAUAACAAUUUUAACUCAGACCAUUGCAGAAGAAAAAGCUCUUAGGAAUGUUAUUGAGCACGAGAAGAGUGAAAUAGAAUUGGAAUUAGGCAAGAUAAUGUCUGCUGAGAAAAUCCUUUUAGAUGAUAAAGAAUGUUUAACACAGCAACUUUUAGAGGAAAAAUCUGCUAAAGAUUUAGCCGAAAGAGAAAAGGAGAACAUUGUAAAAGAAAAACUUUUAUUAGAAAAGAUGUUAAACGCGGAAGAAAAUAAAAUAGUUAUGCUAAAACAAGAAAUUAAUGAGUUGAACCACAAACAUGUGAUUUUGGAAAAUAUCAUUAGAAAUGAAAAAUCGGCCGAGGAGUUAGCUGAAAAAGAGAAACAGAGUAUUGUGAUAGCAAAGAGUUUGUUGGAACAGAAAUUAAGUGCAGAACAAAGUAAAAUAAUUGAUUUAAAUCAUGCAAUCGUUGAAUUAAAAGAGAUUUUGAAGGCUGAAAAGAAUGCGAAGGAAUUAGCAGAGACAGAAAAAAAUACCGCUGUAGCAGAGAAACAUCAACUGGAGCAAAAGAUUAUUGCAGCUGAAAAUAAAAUAACAACAUUAAACCAAGAAAUUAACGAAUUAAUUCACAAUAAGGUGAUAUUGGAGGAAAUUAUAAAGAUAGAAAAAUCAGCAAUGGAAUUAGUUGAAAAAGAAAAACAUAAUCUUAUACAAGAAAAACAAGUAUUGGAACAAAAUAAUGUGGCUGAAAAAAACAAAAUUGUCGUAUUAAAGCAAGAAAUUACCGACUUAACUGAAAAAUAUGAAACAUUGGAAAAAGUCGUAAAGACAGAGAAAUCCACUAAAGAAGCACUGGAAAGGCAAAUAGAAAAUAUUGUGACAGAAAAACAAAUAUUGGAACAAAAGUUAAAUGUAGAAGAAAGUAAAACACUUGAAUUGAAACACGAAAUUAAUGACAUAGUUGAUAAACAUACUACUUUAAAUGAAACUAGUAUAGUGGAGAAAGAGAGACUACACGGCGAAUUGAAUAAAGAAAGGGCACGAAAUGAAGAACUCUUAAAGGAAAAAGAAUGGUUGGCUGUUGAAAAUAAAUCUCUCAAACAUGAAAUAACUAACAAUACGGCUAUAAAGGAGGCUCUUGAGAGUCAGAAAAUUCAAUUAAUUGAAGAAAAACAAACUCUUGCAAAAUCUGUUAGUGAAGAAAAAUCUGCUUUAGACGAAAUGCAAAAUGAAAAGAAUGUUUUAAGAAAUCAGAUUGAAGAAAUAAGUGAGCAGUACAAUUCGGAAAUCUCCACUAAAGCUACGGAGAUCGCAAGUCUAAAAACCGAAAUCCAAUGUUUACAAAAGGAUCUUCAGGGUCAACUACAGAAUAACAAGGAAGUAUUCUCCGUCUUAAAUGACGCACUUGUAAGGAUCACACAAAACAUUCGCAAAGAGGAUAUAACUAAUGAAGUUCUGCAAAAACUUUUAGCAGCUGACACUACACAAAUGAAUGUUGUAGAGGAAUGUGACUUAUUGAUUAAUAUAGUAGAUAGUUUGUUUACGGAAUUGAAAUUAAGAAAGAAUUUGGAGAAAGCGUUAGAAGACGAAAAUACAGCAUUGAGCGAAAUGCAAGAGAUUUGCAAACAGAAAGAAAUGCAGAUACUAGAUCUACAGACUGAGCUGAAACGAGUGGAACAAGUUUUUAAUGAGAAGAAAAUUGAAAUGUCGAAACAAACUGAAGUACAUACAACAGCGGUUAACACCAAAGCAAGGGAGUUACAACAACUGCAGCACGAGAACGAGACACUUCGCAACGAUCUGAAUGACGUCAAACUGCAGUUGGAAGUGAAAGUUUACUCAUUGAAGGAGAAAUUGACUGAUAAUGAGCUUUUGACAGACAAAUUGAAGAGAAGUUAUGAAUGUCAGAUAGACAACUUGAAUAUGAUGAUAACAAAGUUGACAGCUUACUUGAAGGACAAAACUGUUGAGUUGGAGAUGGCUAGGAAGGAAAAGGACACCCUACAGCAUACCAUAGAAGAAAAUCUUAAAGUUAUAAAAUCGUUAGAAAGCGAAGUACAGACCGAGAAAAAGAACCAACAGAAGUUAAUAAGCGAUUUUGAAUCGGAACGACUUGUAUUAAAGAAUAUGGUAACGGUCACAGAGUCUGUUAUGGAAGAUCAGAAGAUAAGCCUUAACAACAUUAUAGCUGAACAUGUUAAAAUUAACGAGAGUUUGCAAGAAGAGAACAAGAUUCUAAAGGAUGAACUGGAAAAUGAGAAAAAUAAUACAGAACUAAAGUUACAAGACAAGGAUGUUGCUAUAGAAAAGUCGUUGAAAGAACUAGCGGAAGUACAGGAAGAAAAGAUAAAAAUCGAAAAACAGUUGGAGGCUGUUAAAGAAAAUAUGGACAGAGAAAUAAAGUUACUCAGAGAUGAAAUUACUUUGAAAUCGUCUGAGCUAUGUAAAUCGCAGAUUGAUAAUAAAACAAUGGAAGAAUUGGUCCAAAAACACAAGCACGAUGUAGUUUCACUACAAGAGGCAAGGGAGAAAUUAGAAUUAGAGCUAGCUACGCUUAAAGCAGAAGCGCAGAAGAAAAUCGAUGACACGGCCACAGUACUUAACAGCCAAAAAGAAAUCUGUGUUCAGCUUGAAGCCGAAUUGAAAGAAAAAACUAAACUCAAUGAUGAAAUUCAAAAGGAAGUUAAAAAAAUUACAGAAAGAUUACUUAAUUUAGAGCAAGAGAAACAUGUUUUGGAACUGGCAAGUAUUGAGUGGAAAGACAAGUUUGAAGAAUUGCAAGAAAGAAUAAAUUUAAAUUCAGUUCAAGAGAAAGAAACUAUAGAAACUUUGGAAAAGGAAAAGAUAAAAACAACUAAGGAAAUGGAAGACCAAAGAAUAGUGAUCACAAACUUGGAGCAACUAAUAAAGCAUGAAUUGGAGGAGAAUCAAAUGCUAAGAGAUGAUAAUGCAAAUGAGAAACUGACUUUGGUCAACAAGUUCUCUCUCCUACAAGAUUGGCAGACGAAGGCUGAGAAAGAUAUUGAAGAAAAGCAUAGAGAAAUAGUACACUUACAAGAGGAAGUAGUGACAUUACGAGCGAAAAUAGAAAACUAUGAACACGAUUUGAAGGCUAAAGACGUACUUAUAUCUGAGAUUGGGAAAGAAAAGGAUGCUAUUAUCAGUACAAUUAGCAAAGAACUUCUUGAAGAAAAAACUUUGAAGGAAAAAUGGCAAAAAGAAUGUGAGAACAAAAUUGCAGCUUUUUAUGACAAACAGGCUGUUGAAGCGGCUCUUAGGAAAGAGAAUGAGCAACUAGUCAAAGCAGUGGGAGAUAGAGAGACAUUUGCCGCACAAAAUGCUGAGAAAUCAAACUCGUGUCCAGUCCAAGAAAGGGAUCGUCACCAACAGGUAGAUAAUUCAUCCGACCUCACACAUUCAUCCAUGGAGAGCUUAAAAACAAUCACAGACUUAGAAAAGAUCAUACAUGACAAGAAUCGCACAAUUACUACAUUACAAAGUGAUAUUACCUAUCUGAAGACACUGAUGGCGGAGUCCGAAACUAAACUGAUGGACGUCACCAAUGACCUGGAGGUCAGCAAGGAAAAUUGCCAGCAGCUGUCAAACCAGUUGAAGAAAAUAGUGUACCAGAAAAACGAAGAGAUUGCAGAACUCAAGAAACAAGUGAACAAAAUGAGCGUCACCGAGAACAGAGCGACGCAGAUAAUAAAAGUGUCUGCCAAGUACCAGGCAAUCAUACUCAAGAGGAUAGCGGAGAUCAAAUCCAAUACAGUAUUAAAAGAAUUGACAAACUUCGGCAACUCGAACAAUUCUGAAAAUGAGUUACGGCGCAGUUUGAAUGUCGGCACGGUCACCAUGGAAGACUUGGAGAACUUUUUAGAAACGACCGACAAACACCUGAGGCGGUGCUCAGAGAAACAAAUCACGUUGCAGAAGGAAAGGGACAGGUUGAGCGAAGUGAACCGCAUCAACGAGUCUGAAAUCAUCAACCUGAAAAAGUUCUUGACUGAGCUGUCGGUCAGCUUCCAAACGUUCAACUCUGUCAGGGAUCUGUACUCUCAGAAACUGAGCCGCGUGGUUUCGAUACAGAGGACGGUCAGGCGAGAGGUCCUUAACCUGGACGGUCACGUGACCGACGCGUGCAUGUGCAAGCUGGAGCGAGGGUACGCCGCCGUCAUGCAGGACCUCGCCGAGUGCUCGAUGAAUCUGGAGCGAUGGGUCGAGCGGUGUGUGUCGAGGGCGAUAUCCCCCGAGAAGAUCAAGCAAGCCUUCAUGGGAGAGUACGAGCGCGCCUCCCUCGCGUCCACCAGUUUCCAGAACGCCGGCCUGGAAGUGCAACUGGAGGAGUUGGACAAUUCGUUCCAGAAGCUUCUAGAGGAAGUGGCGCGCGCUGUAAAAGGCGACGGCGCUAAGGAGGCGGCCGCCCUCACCGUGCAAGAGGUCCGCGCCGAGUACGAGGACAAGCUCAACAGAAUGAAAGCGAAAAUGAAACAACUGUACCAAGAGCAGAUAGGCGUGUUCAAAGAGAAGCAGAAGGAAGAGGUGUCGCUGCUGGAGCGGGAGCUGCAGAAGGCGCGGGAGAAGCUGUCGGAGUCGAGCCGCGCCUACGAGCAGCACAUCCGCGCGCUCACCGCAGAGCUCUGGAGCGUCGGCGAGAAGUUCCUCAUGAAGAAGGACGAGGCCGAGUGGCUGCGCAAGAAACAGCGCUCCGGCUCCCUCAUGUCGCUACAGCACGUGCACUCGUCUGGUCUGGCGCCUCCACAAGAGGAGCCUGGUCGACCCUCCGACUCCCACUCGCUACGGUCAUUACCGGUUCACAAUAACACUAAGAGAGAGGGACGCGGUAUGCACAUGUCAGACGAGGAGGGCGAGGUGUUCGACAAUCGGUUCCUGAAGGAGCUGUCGACGCCGUGCAAGGAGCGUGAGCCCGCAGCCGGCGCCGGCGCGGGCGUGCGCCUGUCGGAGCUGCGCUGGCGCAACUCGCUGUGUCCGCCGCAUCUCAAGAGCUCGUACCCCGCCGAGACGCAGUUCGCGCCCGCGCUCGACGAGGAGGAUAUCAAGUUCGCGGCAGCCGCGCCAGGUAGACCUCAGCGGAAGGAGGUGGGCAUCACCGCGUACAAGAAGCCUGGCCCGCCCACGCCCAGCAAGCAGGCCGGCAGACUCUCCGCCACUGAUUCUGAACUGCGCGAGUCACUCCGAGUGGAGGCGGACCCGCAGCCCUCUCGCAAGACUAGCACACCAUCUCGGCUCCGCGCGAUGUUCCGCUUCGCCAAGAACGAAACUAACGAAGGCACGCCACGCACACGAAGGUUGAGCAAUAUAUUCGGGAAGAAAUGACCUUUUCACACUGCACACUAAAAUUAUUGUGAUUUAAUAAUAAAUAUAUUAAUUUAUUUCUUUUUUACACA